AUGUCCGACUCCCUCUCCCCGCCCAAGCUCUCCCGCAACCGCGCAGAGUCAACCACCCUCCGUCCUAACAUCACCAUCCACACUCUUGGUCGCCGUCGCUCCGCCUCCUGCCUUAACUGCCCCCAACACCCCGCCGUCGACACCGCGGCCGCUGUCUCACAAGCACAAGACCAGAAACCCCCCACCAUGAUUGAAUGGCUCAUCUCCACGUUCAUCCAAUGGCUCCAGUACCCCCAGAAACACGCACUCUCCUGGUCAACACCCUCCUCCCCCCGCUCCAGCACCGACGAGUUCGUUCUCCCACUCUCCGCCUCCGCAACCGCCGUGUCCUUUACCGUCCCCGAGCCUCCCUCAAUUCCGACAUGGCGCCUCCGAUUACCCUCUAUUCAUCUACCAAUCCUGUUUGUGAUCUUGUUGUUGCCCGUUUCAACGGGAUUUGUGCUUUGGUGUCUUUCUACACUUCCAAUAUCCCAGUCAUGGCCCCAUGACAUUGCAGACUUAGCCCAGCUAGGUCGCGAACUCCAUGGCUACUCACAAAGCGGCCCCGGUCCUCUCUCUCAUGUCAUUGGUGUUAUGGCUAUUUCUGCCGUCUGGAAACACGCUUGGUCUAUUCCGGGAAGCGUGUUAUGGAAUGUCCUCGCCGGCGCUCUUUUCUCUCCCCUUUACGCGACCGUCCUCCUUACCACUCUCACAACCGUCGGUUCCGUCUGCGCAACGCUACUGGCCAUGCCCCUCGGUCCCUUUCUCGCGAAUGUCUUUCCGCGGGCCUUGGAGAUGACCCGCAACGCCUUAGAGGGCGACUCCGAUUCCGAUCGUGAUAUCUCCGGAAAUAAAUUGAAGCCUAGAUCCUCCGCCUGGGUUCGGCUUUCUGUGCUUCGCCUUAUUGGCGUUGUCCCUUGGUCAGGCAUAAACAUAGCGUGCGGCGUCUGCGGAGUCUCCCUUACAGACUGUAUGCUGGGGACGUUCAUCGGAUGCUUGCCAUGGACCGCCGUAACGUGUCAGAUCGGCGACAUCCUUCAAACAGUCGCGUCUACACCCUCAGCAUCACCGCAAACGGUCACGUCUCUCCUUGCGACCCCGGAUAUCGUUUUGAAGCUCGUCUUCCUCUCCGUGCUUUCCCUCGCACCCAUACUCUUGCGGGGUCAUCUUCACUCUAUCAUUUCGGAUUCACCAGCUGCUACAUCACCCGACUCAGAUGAUCGACAGUCAAGGUGGAUAUGGGUGCAGGAAUGGCGAACCAAGAUUAGAUUAUCAUCCCGGUCGCGCGCACGCGAGCAGAAGAUGGAACAGCACACCCUCGACACAUUGAUUCACGAGAAGAGAAGACUAGAAGACCUUUCUUCGUAA